AGGAAAUCCGCUUUUUGUGACUUAUCAUUGGGCAAAGACAAUCUUCUACUGAUUGGUUCCAUCGGAAAAACGUCGAUUUCCAAAUUGUCGGGUUGCCAUUGUCAAAAACACCAGGGGUAAUGCAACCCUGCAUCUGACAUGCAGCUAUUGGGUGACGCAGCAUCAUGGGAGGCCAAAAACCAUCAAAAGCCUCAUUUUCAACCACACCGACAAGUCCACCAGCAAAAGAUGGACGAUCUGGGAAUCGAACCCAGGACCUACCGCAUGCUAAGCGGUCAUUAUACCACUAAACCAAUCGCCCAACUAUGAUCUA